AUGGCAGCAACAGCAGUAUCAUCAGAAUGUAAACAAUGUAAAGUCAAUGGUUGUAAACGACAAUCAUCAGCACUGUGUUAUCAUUGUAAUAGAAAUGUAUUUAAGAAACAUUUUGUUGAACAUACAGAUGAAACAACAGCUCAAUUAAAUCCAUUGUCAGAUUCUGUUAAUGAAUUAUAUAGCAAAUUUCAUAAUUUAACAGUCAAUGAAAAAAGAAUCAUUCGACGAACUUGA